CCAGCGAUGAUAUUGUAUUAUUUGGCAUCCGCAUUUCGGACUCUUUAUCCACGACUUGAUGAUGAUUUUGUUGAUAAAUUAAAUUAUUAUUAUACGACUACGAUAUUAGCAUCAUUUGCGCUUCUUGUUUCCGCCAAACAGUAUGUUGGUUUCCCAAUACAGUGUUGGGUUCCGGCAACUUUUACGGACGCUAUGGAACAAUAUACAGAAAAUUAUUGUUGGGUGCAAAACACAUACUGGGUGCCUAUGCAGGAAGAUAUCCCACGAGAAAUUUAUUCGCGGAGAAAUCGCCAAAUUGGUUAUUAUCAAUGGGUACCAUUUAUUCUUGCUAUAGAAGCAUUGCUUUUCUAUGUGCCUUGUAUAUUAUGGAGAGGAAUGUUAUACUGGCACUCAGGAAUCAAUUUGCAAGGCCUUGUACAAAUGGCAUGCGAUGCAAGACUGAUGGAUACGGAUGUUAAAAGUCGCACAGUGUAUACAAUGGCACGACAUAUGGAGGAUGAAGUGCAACUAGCGCAUUUGGAAAAACAUGGACAACCACGAGCUUGCUUUCCGUUCGUACAAGCGAAAGGUCAAUGCGGAAGACAUUGCGGAUGCUAUGUUACUAUGUUAUACAUUGGUAUCAAGAUAUUAUAUUCGGCUAACGUCCUAUUGCAAUUCUUCCUGUUAAAUCAUCUAUUAGGUGCGGAUGAUCUUACAUAUGGUUUUUCAUUACUGCGCGAUUUGAUGCAUGAAGUUGAAUGGGAGCAAACAGGAAUGUUCCCACGAGUAACACUUUGUGAUUUCGAGGUACGAGUGCUCGGUAAUAUUCAUCGGCAUACAGUGCAAUGCGUACUGAUGAUAAAUAUGUUCAAUGAAAAAAUUUUCCUUUUUUUAUGGUUUUGGUUUUUAACCGUCGGUUUGAUAACAGUUUUCAACAGCUGUUACUGGAUACUUGCAAUGUUCAUCCCAAGUCAGGGAAUGUCUUUCAUUCGUAAAUAUUUGCGGGUAUUAAGCGAUCAUCCAACAAAGCCCGCAGCUGAUGAUAUAUCACUUCGGAAAUUUACGAAUCAAUUUUUGCGUAAAGAUGGUAUAUUCAUGCUUCGAAUGAUCUCGACUCAUGCCGGUGAACUGAUGAGCAGUGAAUUAGUUCUUGCUUUAUGGCAAGAUUUCAAUAAUAUCGAUCGCUCCUCCGCUCAGUUUUGGGAUGCUGAACAUGGUGCUGGAACACUGAACGCCUAAUUAAUUAAAAGUUGAUCUUAAAAAUACUGAGCUGGCAUUCUGGAGUCAAUAUUUACUUCGCUAAAAUCAG